AUGAAGUUUGGUGAUGGACAUGGUACGUCUGAUGAUGUGGAUCGACUUUUGAAAGAAAGAAACUCCCUUAAUAAUCAGGUACUUCUCCAAGAAGAGGAAAUGAGAAACCUUAGAAACAUGUUGGCUCAAGAAGUCGAGGAAAAUAGAAAGCUUCAAAGCAGGUUGGCUCAAGAAGUCAAGGAAAACAGAAACCUUCAAAGCUUGUGGGCUCAAGACGUCAAGGAAAUUAGAAACCUUAAAAGCAUGUUGGCUGAAGAAGCUAAAGAGGCAAGAAAGCUACACGGCCCAACAGGUAAGAUUCGGAAACUUUUUAAUCUUGUCCCUUCUACGAGAGAGACGAACCUCACAGGAGCAACCCACAGUGUUGGUAGGACUCCUAAAAGACAAGGAUUGUAG